AUGAGAGCUAAUAAUAAUGUAAUGAUAAAUCUGGAAAAAUCAAAUAAAAUUGAUAAAAAGAUGAGAUAUUCAACUGGAUUUGGUAUUUUUAAAAAAGCAUUAAAUUUAGCUAUCUUUUUAAAUUGUGAUGAUGAAUUAUUAGGUAUUUUAUAUCAGUUUAUUGAUGAUAAGCAAAGAUUGAUUUUUACAAGUACUAAUAAUAAAAAUCCAAAUUCAGAGAUCUUUUCUAUAACUGAUCCUCUUGUAGUUCGAAAAAGAGAUGAGAAUUUACGAUCUAAGUCAUCUAGAUUUAUAGAAACACAUAAUAAUUCUAUUGCUAUUGAUAAAGAAAAUGAAACUUUAAUUGAUACUCAGUUACAAGAUGAAGGUUUAGCAAAUAAGUAUAAGUAUAGAGUAUGUGGUAGUUUUGAACAUAAUGCUCGUAACAAGAGAAAAUGUCCAUAA